UAAAAAUCCUCACCACGCAGCCACGCUUUUCCACUCCACCUAUCUCCAAUUCUCCGUUCCGUUUUUAUUUAUUUGUUUUUUCUUAGUAAAAUAAUUUUUUCUGUUUGUUUCUCGAGAAAACAAUUUUUUUUUUUUAAAUUCUGAGACCGAGGUAGUAAUGGAAACUGGUGGAAAGCUGAAGAAGGGUGCAGGAGGGAGGAAAGGUGGCGGUCCGAAGAAGAAACCGGUGUCGCGGUCCGUCAAAGCCGGUCUGCAGUUCCCGGUUGGAAGAAUCGGCCGGUACUUGAAGAAGGGACGCUACUCUCAGCGGGUCGGAACUGGAGCUCCUGUUUACCUCGCUGCCGUCCUCGAAUACCUUGCUGCGGAGGUUUUGGAGUUGGCUGGUAAUGCUGCGAGAGACAACAAGAAGAAUCGAAUUAUACCAAGGCAUGUGCUUUUGGCUGUGAGGAACGAUGAAGAACUUGGAAAGCUUCUUGCUGGUGUGACCAUUGCCCAUGGCGGUGUUCUUCCAAAUAUCAACCCUGUGCUUUUGCCAAAGAAAACUGAGAAAGCAGCUGCAAAAGAGGUCAAAUCCCCAUCUAAAGCCACAAAGUCUCCUAGGAAGGCGUAGUUUCUCUCUUUUCAAGCCUCUUUAACCAAAAAAAAAAAAAAAUGUCAAUGUAUCUCUCUCUGUAUGUAAAAAUUCCUACUUGUAUUUUGGCUUGUAGGAAAAGCUUCAUUUGCUUAAGAAUUAGGAUCAUUGUACUCCUUUCUUUUCCAUAUGGGUCGUAGAUACAAUCCUUUGUUUCAUAUGAAUGAAAUGAAAUUUGCUUAGUUUUUAAUUUCAGUAAA